UUAAUAGAUACCAUAUUAGAAAUCUCAGUGUGGUGGUUCCCACAAGCAAAGAGAGGAAUGAGAUAGCUAUCUACCUAUAUUUAUAUCUCCACAACUUCACUCUUUUCCUCAAUCAACACACACAAACAUACACACACAGCGCCUUCUCCAUCGUUUGAUCGAUUGUUUAGUUCGAUCCAAUGGCGGAUAACACCGGAAACGAUAACCGGAGAUCGAUAUGGGGAGUUCCAGAGAAGCUUCAGCUUCACAUAGCGAUGCUGACGUUGCAAUUCGGUUACGCCGGAUUCCACGUGGUGUCUCGAGCUGCUCUUAACAUGGGAAUCAGCAAACUCGUCUUCCCUGUUUAUCGUAACAUCAUCGCCUUGCUUCUUCUCCUUCCAUUCGCUUACUUCCUCGAAAAGAAGGAGAGGCCAGCGAUUACUCUCAACUUUCUCAUCCAGUUCUUCUUUUUGGCACUCAUCGGAAUAACAGCGAACCAAGGGUUUUACUUGUUGGGACUGGACAACACUUCACCAACAUUUGCUUCUUCCAUGCAAAACUCUGUUCCCGCCAUUACCUUUCUGAUGGCUGCUCUUCUCAGGAUUGAGAAAGUAAGAAUAAACAGAAGAGACGGUAUCUCCAAAGUCUUAGGAACAGCUCUUUGUGUCGCCGGAGCUUCUGUCAUCACUCUCUACAAGGGUCCAACCAUCUACACUCCGACCAGCCACCUCCACACUCAUCUACUCACCACAAACUCCGCCGUCUUAGCGCCGUUGGGAGACGCCGCGCCUAAAAACUGGACCCUUGGUUGUAUCUACCUAAUAGGUCACUGCCUCUCGUGGUCAGGCUGGCUCGUUUUCCAAGCUCCGGUUCUUAAAUCUUACCCGGCGAGGCUCUCGGUUACGUCUUACACUUGUUUCUUCGGGAUCAUUCAGUUCUUGAUCAUUGCUGCUUUCUGUGAAAGAGAAUCUCAGGCGUGGGUUUUUCACUCCGGUUGGGAGCUUUUCACCAUCCUCUACGCCGGAAUCGUAGCGUCUGGAAUCGCGUUUGCCGUUCAGAUUUGGUGUAUUGACAGAGGAGGUCCAGUCUUCGUUGCUGUUUACCAACCUGUUCAGACUCUUGUCGUUGCGAUCAUGGCUUCGAUUGCGUUAGGCGAAGAGUUUUACUUGGGCGGGAUUAUUGGAGCGGUCUUGAUCAUAGCGGGACUUUACUUCGUAUUAUACGGUAAGAGCGAAGAGAGGAAAUUUGCAGCACUAGAGAAGGCAACGAUCCAGUCCUCCGCGGAGCAUGGUAUCGAACGUGCACCUGUUUCUCGCAACUCCAUCAAGUCGUCCAUCACAACUCCACUACUCCAUCAGUCAACGGACAACGUUUGACUAAUUGGACACAUCUUUCUCCAGCUAAUAAUUACAAAUGCCAUUACCCAAUUAAAAGGGAACAAUGGUGUGCCGUUGUGUUUUAUGACUUUUGUGUCUGUUUUUUUUUUUUUCGUUUCUUUUUAGUGUUUUCUCUCUUUUCAAUUAUUAAUUACCUAAGAAAGGUUUUUGAAGAAAGGAAAAAAAAAAAAUGGUGGAUGAGACAUCAUUGUUCAUGAGGAGGAUAAUGAUGAUGGUGAUGAACAAGACUAUGUGGGAGCUGUGGAUUGAGACUUUUCUAUAUAUAAUAUCUGGCUGAUAUAUUAGUGCCAUUUUUUUACAUUUCUUGUGGGGUUUUUCUUUCCUUUUCGAUCAUCAAUAGAAUGUUAUAAUUUGCAUUUAU